AUGGCCGAGAAGCAGGAAUCCAAGCCGACCGUUGAGUCUUCUGCUCCGGAAGCUCAAGCUCCCAAUGGCGAGGUCGCCAACACUCAUGGCGAAACUAAUGCCGAGGACACCGAGGAGGACGCCGGCGAAGCUCUCUUCCCCUUGACCAUCCGCCUUCCUCACGAGCCCAAAGAGAUCAAGGUUAUGGUCGCUCCCCAGGAGCAGAUACACGAGCUGCGUCAGUCCGUCAUCGAGUUGCCCUCCGCCUUCCAAUACUCCUGUUUCCACCUCGAGCACGCGGGCGAGCGCAUCAACGACUUCAUACAGAUCUCGGAUGUUAAAGGGCUCGGCCCGGACGCAGAGAUCCGCCUGGUCGAGGACCCCUAUACUGAAAAGGAGGCGAGGAUACACGUCAUUCGUAUACGCGACUUGAUCGGUGCUGCCGGGGACCGUACCGACACUCUGCACGGAGUUCUUCCGGGUGUCUCCGUAUUCGACUUUGUCACUGCUGAUGCCAAAGAUGACACCAACGCCCAAGCCAGUGCGUACGACUUCGAAGCCCCUGCGAAGCCCUCGACUCUCUUGCCCAAGGACGAAGAGCCCGCCCCGAAGACUGUCAAGUCUGUCUCUUUGUCGCCAUGGAACCCCCCGCCAUACCACCUCAGACAGCGAGGCCACUUGCUGUACCUCCUUGUCACGACCAAUGAGGGUGAGCAGUACCAGAUCACCUCGCAUGUCGGUGGAUUCUACGUCAACAAGUCCUCAAACAGCAAAUUCGACCCGUCAUCCCGAGCAGCCCCUAAAGGCCACUCGGCGCAUUCGCUGUUCACGCUACUAACAGAGAUCUCGCCUUCGUUCUCGGAGUCCUUUGAGCAGCUGCUGAAGUUUAACAACCGCAAGGACCCGUUGGCGACAUUCCAGAUGACAAAUGCGAUCCCCGCUGCGCCUUGGCUAGUCCCUUCGCAGUCGUCGCCCCUAUGUGCGCACAGCUCAGAUAUUACCAGGACACAGGAGGGCUACCUGAUUGCUGGCGUGGACAACACCGACACUCUGCGCGACUGGAAUGAGGAGUUCCAGUCCGCUAGGGAGUUGCCGAAGGAGAACAUACAAGAUCGCGUCUUCAGGGAACGAUUUGUUUCCAAGCUCUUCGCUGACUAUACAGAUGCCGCCGCUCGAGGCGCUAUCCUGGUUGCCCGAGGGGAAGUCACACCACUCAACCCAACUGAGGAACGGGAUGCUCAGAUUUUUGUGUACAAUAAUGUAUUCUUUUCUUUCGGAGCGGACGGUGUCGGCACCUUUACGUCGGAAGGCGGAGAUGACGCUGCGCGGGUGGCUACCGGAAAGGACGUGAAUGGCGUGCGGAUUGUCAAUCAACUCGACAUUGAUGGUCUGUACAGUCCUGCUACAGUAGUCGUCGACUACCUCGGCAAGCGUAUCGUGGGUCAGACUGUCGUACCGGGUAUCUUCAAGCAGAGAGAGCCCGGUGAGAACUCGAUAGACUACGGUGCCGUUGAUGGCAAGGAGGUGGUUGCUGCUGACGAGAGGUUUGCCGCCACCUUUGAGAAGCUUUCACAGGCCCUGCGGGUUAAGAAACAUGCUGUGUGGGACAAGGACGGCAAGAGAUUCGACCUCGAAGCCAGCGUUGAGACUAAGGGGUUGAUGGGUACAGAUGGUCGCAAGUACGUGCUUGACCUGUACCGGAUCACCCCACUGGACGUUCUAUGGUUGGAGGAGAACGAAUCCAAGGGCGAACCCGACGGCACGGAAUACCCUCACCGUAUGACAGUCCUCAGACCAGAGCUUGUUGAGUCCAUUAGGAACCAGAAGUGGACGGCCUGGGUAAACACUGAGCUGGCUCGCCUGAAGGAACGCUCGGCGAAAGAUUCCAAGAAAGAGGAGAGCUCAGACGAAAAGAAGAAGAGCUUAGAAGAGAAGGAGAAGCCCUCGGAUGACAAGGAGAAGAUCUCAGAUGACAAGAAGGACAGCUCAGACGACAAGGAGAAGCCCGAUGUCGAGGGUUCCAAAGACAAUGACGAUGAGGUGGAUCUCGACGAAGACUUUGAUACUUCGAAGUUCUCCUUCGCUCUCAACCCGGAUGCCUUCAGCGGACAAGUCCCCCAGACGGAGGAAGAAAAGAAGGAAUUCGAAGCUGACGAGGAGGAUGUCCGGAAUGCCUGUAAGCAUUUGCGCGACUCGGCAAUUCCCGAAUUCGUAAACGAUAUCAAGACGUCGGAACUGCCUUUCCCCAUGGACGGGCGAUCUCUCACCAAGAUGAUGCACAAGCGCGGGAUCAACAUGAGGUAUCUUGGCAAAAUCGUAUCUCUCUGCGAGGGUCCCAAGCUUCUGCGUUUCCGAGACCUCUGCUUGCAGGAGAUGAUCUCAAGAGCAUUCAAGCACGCGGCGGGCAAGUACCUACGAUAUCUGCCGAUACCUCUUACCUCUUCCUGCAUUGCUCAUCUCCUGAACUGCCUACUCGGCUCUGGUUUGAACAGCAAACCAAGUGCUGAAAUCGACGAGUCACUGAAGGCUCUGUACCCAGAGGCGGACCUUGCUUUUGCGGAAGUAACACCUGAAAGUCUGCGGAAGGAACUCGAGCUCCAGACAACUCGUCGAUACAAGUUUACUCUGGAACCGGACUGGCAUACGAAGGUGAAGCACAUGCAACUGCUGCGUGAAAUCUCAUUGAAGCUUGGUCUCCAGAUACAGGCCAAGAACUUCCAGUUCGGCAAUGAGAGUUCCAGCACGACGAACGGGGCUACCACGAACGGUGUUAACGGUCACGCAAAUAGCGACGGCGAGAAAAGCAAGAAGAAGAAGAAGAAGGCCAGAGAUGGUUCACCCGCUUCAAUCGCUUCUUCUGUCGGAGCUCCUUCCACCUUCACUUCGGAUGACAUUGUCAACGUUGUGCCCAUUAUCAAGGACUCGGCGCCCAAGAGCGCUAUUUCAGAGGAGGCUCUUGAGGGUGGCCGCCAGUCAAUCAUGCAGAACAACCGGAAGAUCGGCCAGGAGCUGUUGUUGGAGUCAUUGACGCUUCACGAGCAGAUAUAUGGAAUCCUCCACCACGAGGUUGCACGGGCGUACUCGAGCCUAGCUACAAUCUACUAUUCCCUCGAGGAGAAGGAAGCGGCUGUCGACUUAGCGCGGAAGGCUGUGAUCGUAGCAGAGCGGACAAUGGGUGUGGACGCGGCCGAGACCUUACUCUACUACUUGAACCUCAGCCUGUACAUUCAUGGUUCAGGCGACGGAAAGACGGCACUUGCAUACGCCAAACAUGCCCUGGACUUGUGGAAGAUCAUCUAUGGACCCGACCAUCCCGACUCGAUCACCACCAUGAACAACGCAGCUGUCAUGCUCCAACACAUGCAGGCAUACCACGAGUCUCGCACCUGGUUUGAGGAGGCCCUCGCCGUCUGUGAGCGCGUCAUGGGCCAACAGUCCAUCCAGUCCGCCAGCCUCCUAUUCCAGCUCGCCCAAGCACUGGCCCUAGACAGCGAGUCCAAGGCCGCCCUGGGCAAGAUGCGCGAGUGCUACAACAUCUUCCUGCACGAGCUGGGCCCCGAGAACAACAACACCAAGGAGGCCGAGUCGUGGCUCGAGUCGCUGACCCAGAACGCCGUCGCCAUCGCCAAGCGCGACAAGGAUGCCCAGGCGCGACGUGUGCGGGCGGGCAUAAGGUUCCCGCCGCGCAACCUCGCCGGCGGCGGCGGCGCCUCGGCCGUCGCCCAGUCUGCUGCCGCCCUCACCAGCGGCAAGCCCAAGUCGGCCAAGCCGGAUGCCCGGAGCAUCGACGAGCUCCUCAAGUUCAUCGAGGGCAGCCCCGGCCAGAAGAAGAGCACCCCCAAGAAGCAGCGCCCCGGUCAUAAGGCGCCCAAGACGCGCAUUGGCGCCGCUGCGUCGUGA